AUGACCCGCGACCCCAGAAACCACAGCACAGAAGUACUACAAUCUCCUACCCCUCCAUCCCACCAAAUCAAUUUGAAUCUAACACCCCACAGCCCCGAAGCAGCGACCCAACCCAAUCCUUCUACCUCCUCCCUCUACGAAACCAACUGCAACGACGAAUUCACCCUAUCCCUAACAAGCCCAGGCCUCCCCAUCGUGCCUAGCUCCCCCUUCUACCGCACCCUCCAAGACCUCUGGUCCCAACACGGAAACCGCGACGAAACGCCCAGCCCGGGUCUCAUCCGCGCCGUUGCGGCUGAAGUCCAGCGGCAGCCGAGACUAUGCAAUUACUCGAUAUACCGCAGCUGGAUGGAUCAUCAAUCGGAUUUACAAUACGUUCUCUUGCAGUCUAGGCCCGGCGUGAACGCGGGUAGGAACGACUCUUGGAUGGGGUAUUUGGGAUUGGCAAACGCACGACGCUCGCCGAGACGGAAUCGGUUUCUUAGGGCUCUUGAGCAGGGGUAUUUGGCUGAGGGAAGUAGCGAGGAGAAUUGA